AUGGCGGCGCACGAGAGAAACAGCAACGAGAGCUUAAUACUCGAAGUCCAAAGGCACCCUCUAUUAUAUGACACGUCGUUGAAUACUUGGAAAGGUGCUCUCCAAAAGCGAGAUGUAUGGGAGACUGUUGGGGCGAGACUGGACAUGCCAGGAACACAAGCUGCCAAGAGAUGGAAAGACAUCUGGGAUGCCUUUGUGAGGUCCAAGAACAAGCAAAAGAUGAAAAGUGGCAAGGCGGGGAAGAAGGUCAAACCACAGAGAAACAUCACGGCGAAUGACGACUCGGAUGUUGAGUAUGAGAUCGCUUGCAGUGGGAGCGAUAAAGAUAGUGAACUUCAAGGUGAGCCCAGCGAAGCCCAGCAGGAUGGCACCAGCAGUAAGAACUCAUUCACGACCCCAGUACCCCUGCACUCGGAUUCCAGGGAACAGAGAAAGGAAGAGUCUUACCAAUUCCAAGAGAGACAGCACAGGGCAGUGCAGGGGGACGAAGAUGACAUGUUCUUCCAGUCAAUGGCAGCCAUUUGCAGGAAACUACCCCCUCCUCUCAGGUCAAGAGUGAAAUUCCAAGUCCACAAAGUCCUCUAUGCUGCCGAGAUGGAGCAGGACACUCAAAGUAGAGCAAGAAAUAGUAAAUGCAAGUAG